CUUCCCUUAUUCCCCAAGCAGUGAUUGUCUGACUGUGUGUCAGUAUACAUCUCCGGUGCCCUCAUCCUCCAGUCACCAACCACAGACUGAGGCCAGGAUCCCCUGUUCCCAGCCCCCACCUCUGCCUCCCUCUGUCCCUGUCUCCCAGUGCACCCCUCAGACGCCGGGAGCGGCCGGCUGCAUUUCCGUACCACACAGGAUCUUGGCUUGAAAGAGUGAUAAAAAAAAAGUAAAAAAUGGGAGCCGGAGGAAGUGUCGAAGACAAGGCAUUAGCCGCAAAGUCCAAGGAGCUGGAAAAGCAGCUGGCGGAGGAUGCAGACAAAGAAUCCAAGACAGUCAAGCUUCUGCUGCUUGGUGCUGGUGAGUCUGGGAAGAGCACAAUUGUUAAGCAAAUGAAAAUUCUCCAUCAAGGUGGUUAUACCAAAGAAGAACAAUUGGAGUUCAGGGCAAUCAUCUAUGGUAACAUCCUGCAGUCUGCUCUGGCCAUCAUCAGAGGCAUGGAGAUGCUGUCCAUUGACUUUGGAUCACCAAAAGGAAGUGAAGACGGGCAGAAGCUGUCCAACCUGUCAGACUCCAUUGAAGAGGGCUCCAUGCCCCCUGAGCUGGCUGAUGUCAUCAAGAGGCUGUGGAGUGACACUGGUGUCCAGGCCUCCUUCGAGAGAGCAGCCGAGUAUCAGCUCAAUGACUCUGCUGGCUACUACCUUGGAGAAUUGGACAGAAUCACAAAGUCUGAUUACCUGCCCAAUGAGCAGGAUGUGCUGCGUUCUCGAGUCAAGACAACUGGUAUCAUCGAGGAGCAGUUCUCCUGCAAAGAGCUGCAUUUCAGGAUGUUUGAUGUGGGCGGCCAGCGGUCGGAGAGAAAGAAGUGGAUCCAUUGUUUCGAGGGUGUAACCUGCAUCAUCUUCUGCGGAGCCCUCAGUGCUUAUGACAUGGUGCUCGUAGAAGACGAUGAAGUGAACCGUAUGCAUGAGUCGCUCCACUUGUUCAACAGUAUCUGCAACCACAGGUUCUUCGCCACCACCUCCAUUGUGCUCUUCCUCAACAAGAAGGAUCUUUUUGAAGAGAAGAUCAAAAAGGUCCACCUCAGCAUCUGCUUCCCAGACUACGAUGGCCCCAACACGUAUGAUGAUGCCAGUGACUACAUCAAGAAGCAGUUUGAGGAGCUGAACAUGAAGAAGGGUGUCAAAGAAAUCUAUUCCCACUUGACCUGCGCCACGGACACAAAGAACGUCGAGAUUGUGUUCGGAGCCGUGACAGACAUCAUUAUCAAAGAGAACCUAAAAUCUUGCGGUCUGUUCUAAGCAGAUACACAAAGAGAUUGUAUUUUUUCCCCUCAUCCCUUCACUUGGAUUCAUGUUGAAGUUGAGCAGUAGGAACAGAAGGCACAACAGAAGGCUUUGUAAUAUCAUAAGACUCUUCAAUUCUACACUAUCCCUUCAUUCCUAACUCCCAACACACUAAAUUAUGAGUAAUGAAGGCAAACACUAAGAAAACAGCUCCUAAUUUACUCCAAAGGGAGUCAACACACAUGUCCAACAAAUCGAACAAAGAUGGCAACAUGUUCCUCGCGGAGACAAUGUGGAUGAUGUCCUUUAGAUGGAAAUGUGGAUAAGAAGUCAGAAGAACAACCGAAUGAACACGUUUGAUAUAGGUACUUUAUUAGAUAGUCUGGGUUAUUUCUGGCUCUAAAAUGGUUUGUGUUGAGGAAAGUGUAUAAAGCUGCUCAUGGAAUCCAAUUGAUAAACUUAUGAAAGGAUACAUUUUGAAGUGAUCCAUCUUACUCAACAUGGUCAGAGUGAAGUCCUUUCCAGUAACAUUGUUCUUGCCCAAUGAUUAUCUAGUUCUGUUUGGAUAUGCUUACUGUUUCGCACCAGAUGUAACACAGUAAAAAGUUUUUCAGCUAAUUUCAAUCAGCGAGUUCAAAUAGCUGGAAUUUAAGAAAAAAGUACCAUCAAAACAAGUUAGCAAUGUAUUUUGUAAAUAGGGGAACUUAAACAUUAAUAUUCAAAUACAUUAUCAAAAUGUUCAACAUCAGUGACAUGUUUAGUGAUGUGCAUGUAUAUUCCAUUUUGACUACUGACAAAUGAACCUGUAACUGACCUGUCUUGUGAAAGAUAAACAUAAAAAAUAAAAAUGUACACAUAGCAACUGCAA